AGUUAAUUUACAAAUAUAAGGGAGCAUCAAGCAUAGUAUUUUGUAGUGAAAUUAAGGUACAAAAAAUUGUUUUCGCGUCGUAAACAAACAGCUGCCGAACACGCACUAAUUGGCACAUGGAGAUCAGACUACAAAAGAACACUAAAAAUAAUUAUACCAGUCUAGAAACAGGAAGAAAUCAAGCAAUCUUUUAGUAUUACUUCAACACUAGAGCGACGCGCCAUUGCUGGUCAUGAAUGAACACAAAGUGCAAGUCAUAUGAGGUGUACUUUAUUAUAGCAAAACCUUUAUACAUUACAUACGCUAGCAAGCAGCUGAAAACUUGCUUUCUUCCUACACAUUACACGUAACUACUAGUCCUCCACUGCCGCACUAAACACACACAAAAAUGGUGCGCUUCGAGCCCUUAGGUCAGAAAAUGUUCACACGCCGUAAUUGGUUGCUACGCUGCAGCAUAUUGAUCAAUAUACUGGUCAUACUCUACAUAUGCAGUCACGUUAUGAUUGGCAAUGGCACCGGUUUUAACGGCAGCAACACAUUCUUCAUACAGGAACGCGGCGUGGACACAGCGAAUAGCGCACAACUAAUAGGUGACAAAAUACAGCCGCCCCCGCCACCGCCACCUGCAUCAAACGAUCUAUCACUAUCCCCCAACGAUUCCGGUGGCGUUGCGGCAGCGGCUCCUGCUACAGCUGCUGAUACUGCUGCAGCGCCCACACAAAAUCAAGCCGGUAGCGCUGUGGCGGGAAAUAUUGGUGGCGUUGCUCCCAUAGUAGACCCUGCUGUAUACACAAAUAAUACUGUAAAUGAUGGCGAUGCCGCAGUCGCUGAAGAAAAAGAUCCAGAAGUACGGCUGGAAACGCUCUUAAACUGUUACGAUCGCGACUUCAAGCCUGAGGUCUUGCAACGUGGCGAUUUUUGGGUUCUCAAGAAUUACGUGCGCGCCGAUCAUGGUCCGCUCAAGUGCUCCGAAUCGAUCACUUAUACAACACAUGCGGAUUAUACAUUUUUAGAUAAUCUCAUACCGCUGCUGGAGCGUUGGAAUGCGCCCGUCAGCAUUGCGAUGCACACACCGGGCACUGACUAUCAACCGACCAUUGAUGCCAUUAAGUACCUGCGUGAAUGUCUGCCAGAAAGUCCGUUGGUGCGCACUUUUACCACAUUUCAUCUCUACUUCAGCACGAAACACAUACCCAAACAGGUGGCGAAGCAGUCAGAAGUACUGAAGACGCCCUAUAAUUGCACGUUGCCGCCACCCUAUUUUAAUAUCAGUUCCGGCCAUUUAUAUAAGUCACAAAAGAAAUUAUUAUAUCCGGUGAAUGUGGGUCGUAAUAUUGCGCGCGAUGCUGCCUUAACACAUUUCAUAUUAGCCUCAGAUAUUGAAUUGUAUCCAAAUCCCGGUUUGGUGAAGAAAUUUCUCGAAAUGAUUGCGCGCAACGACGCGUAUCUGCAACGCAAAUCGCCGAGAGUUUUUCCGCUCUCCAUCUUCGAGGUGGAGGCGAAUGCAACAGUGCCACGCGACAAAACGGAGUUGCAAGAAUAUUUGCGCACCGGCAAAGCGAUACCCUUCCAUAAGCGCGUGUGUGCCAGUUGUCAUGGUGUGCCACAGUCCAAGGAGUGGAUGGCCGCAAAUGAAACCGAUGAGCUGAGCGUUUUCCACAUAGGCAAGCGUACGGGCUAUUUUCGGCAUUGGGAGCCCAUCUAUAUAGGCACACAUGCCGAUCCGCACUACGACGAGCGACUGAGCUGGGAGGGCAAAAGUGAUAAGAUGACGCAGGGUUAUGCGCUUUGCGUUUUAGACUAUGAGUUCCAUAUACUUGAUAAUGCCUUCCUCGUGCACAAACCCGGCAUUAAAGUGCUGCAAAAAGAUAAUCGUCGCGCCAUGUUGGCGGGCAAAACGAAUCAACUUAUACGUAAAAUUAUCUAUCCGGAAUUGAAGAUCAUGUAUGGUGUGCGUCAGGGCUGCGUUGUAUAGUAACUAAUAAAUUGGCAAAAAAGUUGAAAAACUUUUUUAAGCUAUAAUAAGCAUGGAAUUAAAAGACUACUACUACAAUUCAAAAUACUACUUUUUUAAGACGUAGCGCACUGCUGCAGCGAAACAUUAACGAUAUGCUGUUGACGGAAGUGUAUAUGUAUGUAAAAUAUAUAUACCGUUAUAUUAAAUUAUUUGCCAGCAAAUGCAUAGUUGCAAUUAUGUCUAGUAAUUACUAACUAAUAGCGUCGAUUUGAGCCAACACGCACUGUAAAUGAUUUUAUAGUAGUUUGAUUUUAAUUUUUAUUUCGUUUCUUUAGUUUAAAAAU